CAAAAAAAAAAGCAGCGCCAAUACUCGCUGCUCCCUUUUAGUUCUUCGUCGCGAACGAGAGGACUCCUGGAAGUCGAAGAUGUGGUUCGCACUGAUAUUGCUUGGCUCCCUUUUCGUCGCCUCCACCAAUGGCGAUCCAAUCAGAACGAAGAAAGAGGCACCACCUAGUCCACAGUAUGGCCCGCCAGCUACUUCUUACGGAGUACCGAACGUAGGUCCUUCGGAUUCGUACGGUGUUCCACCAGCACCAUCGUCGUCUUAUGGUGCUCCAUCUGGACCAUCCUCUUCUUACGGUGCCCCGUCUGGACCAUCAUCGUCCUAUGGCGCGCCAUCUUCCAGCUACGGAGCCCCAUCCUCCGGGCAUGCCUCAUUUGGGGGUGAUCACGGAUCCUUCGGAGAAGCCGAUCAUGGAUCGUUAGGCGGUGGAUCGUCCGACAGUGGUUACGGAGGUGAUCAUGGUUCGCUAGGCGGCGCCGGCGAUGGCGGUUUCGGUGGUGAUUUUGGAUCGUACGGAGGAGGACAUCACGGGGCUGGAGGAGGCGGCGGCGGUGGUGAUUUUGGAUCGUACGGAGGAGGACAUCACGGGGCUGGAGGAGGCGGCGGCGGUGGUGAUUUUGGAUCGUACGGAGGAGGACAUCACGGGGCUGGAGGAGGCGGCGGUGGUGAUUUUGGAUCGUACGGAGGAGGACAUCACGGGGCUGGAGGAGGCAGCGGUGGUGAUUUCGGAUCGUACGGAGAUGGACAUCACGGGGCUGGAGGAGGCGGCGGCGGUGGUGAUUUUGGAUCGUACGGAGGAGGACAUCACGGGGCUGGAGGAGGCGGCGGUGGUGAUUUCGGAUCGUACGGAGGAGGACAUCACGGGGCUGGAGGAGGCGGCGGUGGUGAUUUUGGAUCGUACGGAGGAGGUGGAGGUGGAGGAGGAUCUGCGCUUGGUCCCAUUUACGGUCCACCCUCGCAAUCCUACGGUCCUCCGGCGGCCUCCUACGGUCCGCCUGGUCACGAUCAGCCGAAGGGAGUAUGGAAAAAAAAGCUCACGUGGAAGGCCGAAUGGAAGCAGAUAUGGAAAACGGAGUCGAAGCUAACGUGGAAACAGGAAUGGAAAAAGGUUCAGGUACCAAUUUGGAAGGAAAUACAGGUGCCAGAAUGGAAGGAAAUUCAAGUGCCAGCUUGGAAGAAGGUACAAAAGCCAAUUUGGAAGGAGAUCCAAGUACCCAUUUGGAAGGAGAUUCAGGUACCAGCUUGGAAGAAAGUUUGGAAGCCUGUUUGGAAGGAGAUACAAGUACCAAUUUGGAAGGACGUUCAAGUGCCCGACUGGAAGAAGAUUUGGAUACCAGAAUGGAUAAAGAUCGGUAUUCCCGGGGAACAAUACGUCGGCAAGGAUCAACACGGUUGGCAAUAUACCAGUCACGAUCUCUGGAAGAAGAAACUCAUUUGGAAGCCGAUCUGGAAGAAAAUUUGGAGGACCGAGAAGAAGCAAGCUUGGGUUACGGAUAAGAAGCUCGAAUGGAAAGCCGAAUGGAAGCAAAUUUGGAAAACCGAAAAGAAACAAGUAUGGGUGACCGAUAAGAAACUUGUAUGGAAGGAAGAGUCCGUACAAGUUUGGUUACCUAAAAAACAACAGAUUUGGGUCACGCAAAAGAAGCAGGUGUGGAAGGACGAAUGGAAAAGCAAGUGGGUACCGGUUUGGAAGAACGUACAAGUACCGGCCUGGAAGAAGAUUUGGAAGCCCGUUUGGGAGAAAGUUUGGGUACAAAUAGAAUCUCAUCACGACGGAGGCCACCAUGGUUACAAGUAAUACGAUAAUAUUAACGUAGUCGUUAGGAUAUCAAAGUUAACUUCGUAGUUGACUUUUUCUCCAAAGUUCGUAGAAUGUGUUUCAAUUAUGGGUCGAUAAUUUCAGGCUCGACGAUAGCUCCCUGUUAGACGCGAUUAUGGAAUAACGAAUGGAAUAGAAAGUAUAGUGUUUCGUCGAAAUAAGAAGGACAGAGAAUAGUUUUGGCUCGUGAUAUUCCGUAACUUCAUUAUUCCGUAAAUGUCGAAUAAAUAUCAAGACUUGCUCCGCCCCCCCCCCCCCCUCCACCCCUCCACUGUAAAUAAGGUGAUUAAAAGAUUGCAAGCGCAUCGAUAUUUUUGUACGUUUUGCGUUUACUAUAAUCUAAUAAAUAUUUUUUUUUUUACCACGUGUACGUCUAAUCGAUUGAUAUCCCGAAUAGGCCGAUGAUCCAGUUGACGAAACUUUCACUUUGUACAUAAUCAGUUUGGAUUGUUCCAAACGAUCAAUCUGAUUAAUCCAGACGAGGAAGAGAAAAGGGAAGAAAGGAAGAAUAAUAUUCUUGGGAAGGAAGAAAAAGAACGAUUGUUUUUUGAAGUUUAAGCAAGUCUAAUCGAAUGAAGUCGGUAAUAAGUAAUCGGUAGUAGCUUUCCCGUUCAUUCGAUGAAAGUGCAAUUUUCUAGGCGACGGAAUAGGAUUAUCGCAGGAGGACAAUGGAAAGGGAAAAGGAAGAUGCUUUCCAGGGAAGCGUAUAUGCAGAUGUCAGGGUCGCGAGACGGACUCACGACCUUUACUUUCUCCGUGAUCGCGUUGGAGUAAGUGUGGGAUGAUCGAGAAAUAAAGAAUCUACCAAGAGAGAACGUGGAAGUCGGUGGGAGAACGGAAGUAGCACGACCGGUUCGUCUUCUCCGAGGUCUCCUUCCGAGUUUCGAUGCAAAAACCAGUAUCUAUUAAACGCAUCGAAGAAAGUGGAUGGCGUUUUCGAGUCGACGAAAAAAAAAAAAAAAAAGGAAAAGAAAAAGAAAUAAUCUCCCCUAAUGAAUAAAUUAGUUGUACGAUAGAUGAACAUAUGUUCAAAUCAUGUACGAUGAGAUGCCUCUUAUUAAUCAAGACGAAAUCUUUACAAGUUAAAUCCUAAUUAAGAGCUAUCUCCUCUUUUUUUCUCAUUUAUUCCGUUUAUUUACAGGAUCAUGCCGAAACUAGGUUAGAUACUUUGUUAAUUAUCAACUUCAUUAAUGGUUCCGUGCAUUCGAUCUGCACGUUCAUCCAUCGCCUUCGUCUCGGACGAUGAUGAGAUUUUAUCUCUUUGGCAGAGAGUAACGCGUAACUACAUAAAUUAUACAGUAGAAAAUACAAGUUGAUUUAUGGAUGUCUAUAUUACUUACUACUUUGAGGUAUUCCAAUAUGAUUUACAAGCGGGAAUGCGAUUUAUAUAAACUUCCGACGACGAAAAUAACGGCGCUUCUUGUAUCUGCUUGCAAAGUGUAAGGACGUUUCGAGCGAUUGGUAAAUACCUGUGUUAAUAAUAAAUAGAGGAAAAUAAGCAUAACUUGAAGAAUUUACUGCAAAAAUAUCUUUUACGAAUAUUUUCUAUUCGAUGAUCGUAUUGAAUGGCGUUCGCUUCGAAUACAGCAAGCGAAAAUGACACUUGCGAUCGUGCGUAGAGCAAAUUUAAAAGUUAUUUCCCCACCACGUUCGAUAUAUUAUUGCUCUAACGUUUACCACCACCACCACCACCACCACCACCACCACCACCACGUAUACUUUCCCAGGAUCUUUCUUUGUAUGACUUUCUAGCGUUUAAAGUAGGUAGUGGGACAUUCGUCAAAGUUUUUCCCUCUCUUCUUAUAAACUACCGUCUCCUCUCCAUAGAGUUUCGUUCAUUUUAAUUAUUACAAAUUAAUCGACAAUUUUAGCUUUUCCUUGUUUCAGAAACGUUCUAGUUUUAAUUAAUUAAUCCGACCAAUUUUACAUUGCGCAUUUCGUUUCGAACGUCGUUUAUAAGACGAGUUUUCUGCCAUCGAAAGUCGUUAAUACUUUAUGUACGGCACACCAUAGCCCAUGAAGACUUAUAUACGAAUGCCGGUGUUACUCAAUAGAAAGCGAAACGUGCAUAUGAUAGAUUUAUAACCGAAACUUUUAGACUAUUCUCGGGGCUCUAUGGGUAAGCUCUUUGAAAUCGUCAACGUGGUCGAAGUAUCAGCUAUGAAAAUAUUUCGAUGUUGGUCAAUUGUCGUAGGUUAUGCAGAACGCGAAUAGCCAAGGAUUGUCUUCAUAAAGUAAGCCCGAGACUGGCAAGGCCACUUUCACGUAAAUAUAUACAGGCAGAAGAGACGAGCAUGUGCGCACGUUUCUUUCCUUUCCUUCGUUUCUUUGUCUCUCUGAUCUCUUCCAUCCGGUUCCUUUAUCCAGUGGCUCUCAAUUCUUUCCUCGACUAG